AUGGAUCUUGACUUGGCUCUACUGAAUGAUAAGCCCACUGCCAUUAUUGAUACGAGCAGUUCAGAUGACAAGUCUUUCCAUAAAGCAUGGGAACGCUUUAACAGGCUGAGCCUUAUGUUUAUGCGAAUGAGUAUUGCCAACAACAUUAAGAGUACUAUUCCACAAAUAGAAAGUGCCAGGGAAUACCUGAAGUUUGUGGAAGAACAUUUUCGAUCUGCAGAUAAGUCUCUCGCUGGUACACUAAUGGCUGAACUCACGACCAUUAAGUUUGAUGGGUCGCAUAGUAUGCAAAAUCAUAUCAUCGAGAUGAUUAACAUUGCAGCAAGACUUCAAACCUUAGGGAUGAAAGUUGAUGACUCCUUCUUGGUUCAGUUUAUUCUGAACUCGUUACCUCCUGAGAGGAGUCAAGACUUAAGAAACAAGGGAGUCAUUCAAUUAUCCCCAUGGGUCAAGGAGCUAGUAAAGGACUUAAAGUGA